UGUUACUAAGCAGUAAUGGAUCUUGGAACAGGAUGGGAUAGAUUGUGUGACUUAAACAUGAGGUGUGAUGUUCAGGACAUCUUCAGGCUCACACCCCACGAGAAGCAGUGCAUGAUGUUCAGCGCCACCCUAAGCAAAGAGAUCCGUCCUGUCUGCCGCAAGUUCAUGCAGGAUCCCAUGGAGGUGUUUGUGGACGAUGAGACCAAGCUGACGCUGCACGGCCUGCAGCAGUACUACUGCAAGCUGAAGGAUAGCGAGGAGAACCGCAAGCUCUUCGACCUGCUCGAGUUCAACCAGGUGGUGAUCUUUGUGAAGUCUGUGCAGCGCUGUGUGGCUCUGUCUCAGCUGCUGGUGGAGCAGAACUUCCUGCAAUCGCCAUCCACAGGGGCAUGGCCCAGGAGGAGAGGCUUUCCCGGUACCAGCAGUUCAAGGACUUCCAAAGGCGGAUCCUGGUGGCCACCAACCUGUUUGGCCGAGGGAUGGACAUUGAGCGCGUCAACAUCGUCUUCAACUACGACAUGCCCGAGGAUUCCGACACCUACCUGCACAGAGUGGCCCGUGCAGUGAGGUUCGGGACGAAAUUCAUUAUUUCGGUCCAUGGCCCUGUACAGCGGAUGUUAUCUAGAAUCGAGAUGAAUCUAAUGAAUAAG